AUGGAUGUCCCAAGCGACGAUUACGAUGUGAGUAUUAUGAUAGAGGCAAUUCACGAAGUGCAAGCUGUUCUGACCUCUCGCCAGUUUGCUACCUUUUCCGAGGUAGACACCGAGAUUGCAAAGACACUUAAACGGUAUGAAGCUUUCGGUGAUGGUUUCGAGCGAUUUCACGUGAGCUUGACUAAAGAUGUUCUGCAGUCGAACGAUUUACAGAAGAGUCUCAAGGAUAUGGAUAAGCGAUGCCGAGAUCGUCUAAAGGACUGUGAGUCUAGUCAGAAAGACCAGAUUAAUGAUAUCCUGCCGUUUAUCCGUAAGUCAUCCGCGAUUCUCGUUCACGGAUCGGGUAAUUUACUGGCACUCACUAUUGCCUGCUCUAUUCAGGAGCAUGAGGGCGUCCGCUUUUACAUCUGCGAAGGGAGACCAGCACGCAAGGGUUACCCUAACGGCUCUGGCGAGCAACUGCUAAAAAGGGUGCUUGCAACACCAGAGGGAACACGGCUAAAAGAUAAGCUGCAUCGGUACUGCACGAUUGUGCCUGACAGCGGUGUGAGCUCGGUGAUGAAUAAUGUUGACUUUGUUGUGAUGGGUGCGAACUGUGUGACGGAGCACGGUGGACUGGUUCACUCUACAGGCUCCCUUCAGAUCUCCAUCGUGGCCGCCUUCCGAAAUGUUCCGUGCUACGUCCUGUGUGAGACCUUUAAGUUUGCGCACAUUUUCCCUUUAGGCACUGACGAUCUGAAACAGCCUGAGGAUGGUGUGGGGCAAGUGGUUCCUUUGGUGGAGUUUGUGCCACCAUCCAUGAUCACGCUGAUCUUCUCUGAGCAAGGUAUUAUGCCCCCGUCUGCAGUGGCAGACGAGAUGUUUCGCUUUCACACAGCUCCUUCUGCUCCAGGAAAGCAGCGAUAA